CUUACGGUGAAUUUAAUUUAUAAACUGAACUCUCCUCCUGAUUAGCAAACAUGACAAUGUAAAUGUUUAUUCCCCGUGCAAUGCAGCCAUUGAUGCACCCGUUAGAAGGGAGGGAGACAGAGAGGUUUUGAUUUGUCUCAACUUCUAUCUGUUGUAAAUGAGUUAAUACAAUAGAGAAAGGUUGAGUUGAGUUAGUUUUGGUUGGAAAUGUCUUGGCAAGGUGACAGGUCCACUUUGUUCCCGAUAAGGGUACUUUGGCUUGGAAGAUGGUUUCUGAAGCUCGUAUCAUUGAACAUGGUUAAAAACUUAAAAUCCUACAAAAAAGGUAAGGGCAGAAUUCACUCCUGCCGAACAAAACAAAUGAUUCCAAUCCUGAAACCAGGAUGCAGGAUGCAGGAUGCAGAAUGCAGAUUGUAAACUGGUCAUGCGACUGAUAUUUCUGGUUUAACUUGUUAAAAACCAGAAAAAAAAAAAAAAAGCAAAUGAGCCCACCAAUAGGAAAUUGCUCAUAUGGUAUCCUUCAAUUUGUAAAGGCUUCUGCUGUAGCUAUACAAAAGCAUCAUCUUGACGUGGUUCAAGAGUUAAAUCUCCACUGGGUUCAGGCCUUUAAAGCCAAACGGUCCUGAUAUUCUGCACUGUUAUAAAAUCCUUAAACCGGUCAAAAAUCGACUCCGCUCUCCAGUCCAGACUCCAUCCCCUAUUGACUUAUUAUUUGCCGCUGUCGGCUGUUCCAUAACCAAACCUUAACAAAUGUGACAUAGAAACCAGAAACGAAAACAGACAGCAAAGACCAUGAAAAGAACAAGCAAAUCACUUUUCCCAAGCGGUGUUGCUUUCUCCUCAAAACUUCUUUCUUCAACCAAACCUUUGACACCCAGCAAGCCCUUUCCAUCAAUUAGGCCUCUCUCUUCUUCCACCGCUAAGGCUGUCACAAAAACAGAAACAGAACAAUCUUCGUCACAAAAAUCCAAGAGGGACUCCCUCAUUCUUGAGAAGUUCAGACAAAGACAGCUCAAAGGUUUCGUGAAAAGCAACUCGGAGUCUAAUACUAAACAACAGCAAUCAUCAACUUCAAAACCUGCUUCGACUGUUGUUGAAAAGGAAAGAGAAAGGCAUCAAGUUGGUUUUGAGAAUAACAAAAGUGGUGCUACAAAGUUUGUUUCUAGUUUCCAAGAACUGGGUUUGAAAGCUGAGAUAAUUGGGGCUUUGAGUGAGAUGGGAAUAUGGGUUCCUUCUGAAAUUCAGUGUGUUGGGAUCCCAACUUUGUUGGAUGGGAAAAGCGUUGUCUUGAGUUCUGAGUCUGGGUCUGGAAGGACUUUGGCUUACUUGUUGCCUCUUAUUCAGCUUCUGAGACAGGAUGAGGCAUUGAUAAGUGUGAAGCCAAAGCAUCCCCGAGCUAUGGUGUUAUGCACCUCAGACGAACUAUGUGACCAGGGUUUUCAAGUAGCAAGGUUCAUCAGUUAUCAUGCGAAGUUGAAGUCUGCCUUGGAAAGUGGUUGCGGCAAGUCAAGAACCUCCAAGAAUUUGCCAAAUGACUCAAUUGGCAUGCUUGUUGCAACUCCCAGUGAGACUAUUCAGUACAUUGAGGAGGGAAGUGUCAUUCUAGAUGACAUCAAAUACUUGGUGUUGGAUGAGAUGGACUCUAUGUUCGAUCAUGGCUUUGGUUCUGAAAUAUACAAGAUCCUCAGCCAUCUAAAGAAACGUGCAUCAAAAGCCAAAGACUUUGGACUUCAAACUGUUCUAGUCACUUCAACAAUAACAAAGAUGUUCGGAAAACAGUUAACUCCUCUUAUGGAGCAUCUUGAACAAAAUAAUGCUGGAAAGUUGGCUGCAAUGUUGCUGGAGAUGGAUCAUCAAGAGGUAUUUGGCCUUACUGAGUCUGUGGAUGCUUUGAAGAUAAAAAUUGCUGAAGCAAUGGAUUCCCUUAAUUCAUCAUGAUUUAUGUCAUUGGUUACGGGCCUUACCAUGCUCUGAAGGAGCAAGUCCUGACCCGUAUGCACAGUUAGCUGAUCUUUGAUUCGUCUUGAAGAGCUGCUGUACUUCUUAAUAUUUCUUUCUUUUUUUUUUUUUCUUAGUUACUGGAAAACUUUGUUCCAUUUACGGGGGGAUGGUACCGGGCAACUUGAUUGUUGCUAGACGGGUGCACUGCUUGAUAUCUUUUGAAUUAUUAUAAAUAAUUGUAAUUAAUUCUACGAUGAUUUUUUUUUAUUGCACAAGUGACAUCUUUUAAUUUUGGAGUUUAUUUUGUGAUG